UCAAAGACAGAUCCCCCCCCCUCGCAGGCUGAAAGCAUUUAAGUGGCAGCAGCACGGACAGAGACAGUCUGCCUCUCUCCAGCUUGGUUUCUACUCUACUGAAUUCAGUCCCUGUUUGGUAACGCAGCAUCAAUUUGGCAUUCUCCUACACACUGCAAGAGAAACCUCGGCGGCGUCCAUGCGCAAGAAGACCCACCAUGAGCUCUGAAAGGCGCUGAGAAGACACAGAGAAGAUGAUGCCCUCCAUUCUCCAGGCGCUCCUCCUGGCAGAGGCCUGCCUCUACGUCUGCGGGGCCCCCACGUACGUCCCCGGCUUCAGCCGGACGCAGGACAGCUCCUGCGAAGAGCGCUGCGCGACAGACCGGGUGGCGCGCACCACAGAGUCCGCCCCCUUGGAGAAAGAGCGCGUUACCAGCUUCAUGCUGGAUGUAGGCGCAGGAGGAGGGACUGGCCCACAUGGAGGGCCGGAGGGGAUAGGUCCAGUGACGCAGGCGAGAAACGGGAUCAGCGCUGGUGGAAGAUUUGGGUUGAGCGAGGCUGGUCGAAAGGAGACCGAGAGCGAACCUGAGGGGGGAGAUGUAGAUCUUGUAAAGGAGGACAAGCCUGUGGGUCCAACAGAUGGGAGACAACAGGUGGACACCGACAUGAACACCCACACGCGGACUUCAGGUAGUAUCUGGGCCUCCAUUGCGCCGCAGACGGACUCUUCCUACAGCCAAAAGAGCAAACAGGGCGGAACAGACGCGACCAAAUCGUCCGCUUUUGAUUCUGGACAGGAUGGAUACUCUGAAGCGACCUUGCAGUCUUCUCCAAACACUCCCCUCUGGUCCCCCAAACCGGUCUCCCUUAGUCCCGUCCCUCCGUUGGUGCUGGUCACUCCUCGGACUUCCACACAGCCGUCACCGUGGGGCCACGACAGACCAACGAAAUCCUCGCCUUCAUUUCUCCUUCUACCUGAAAUCGGACCGCUGAACAUGAUGCCCAGAGACGAUGGCCUGGAGAGUCUUUGGACCGAGGCGACGAGACCUGCAGGAGCAGACACGGCGGUCCCGCUCCCUCAGGACGAAGCCACAGAGGCCACCACGUCUUCAGAGGCCCUGCCUCUGAUCUUCGAGCCAUUCGAAGACGCCACAGAGGAGGGACCAGCCGGAGCAGCAGCGGUGGUCUCCCAGGCACCAGUCGGGUCUCCUGGCGCCAUGGCAACCAGGCUGCCGCCCACGUCAGAGGCGGACCCGGACCAGCUGGUGAACUCUGACCCGAGCGAUGGCCCCUCCAGAGAGCCGCCGGCUCUUCUAUCCGAAUGGACUUCACCUUGGCAGGCGUCUGGCUCGGAGCUGCUGGAGCCGGUCGGCACCGGAACCGCUGCCUCACAGCGGCAGGUCCAGACUGAGCAGGAGGAAGACCAUCCAGGGACAGGAACUGUGAGGACCACAAACUCUGAAGCAGGAACAUCCCGCCAUAACACAAUAACAACCAUUGCGAGCCACCAGCUCCUGCACAAAUCCAGAACGGGAAUAGAGGAGAUGGAGUCUGAGGAGGAGCUGGAUGAAGAUGAAGACCACGAGAACUCUGAGGAAUCGGUGGAAGAAGACAGUGAAGAAGACCUAACAGAAGCGCCAGAAACGUCCUCCACGCAGCCACCGUACAGCCUGAUCCCUCCGCCACCGGUCUGGGUCCAGCGCAACCAACGGCUGAUGCGCAGCUGGGCAGAGCGGAUCAGAGAAAAGGCCGGGUAUGUGUCCGGGAUGUUGGCCCCCGUGGGCAUCGGCAUCACCGGGGCCCUGUUGAUCGUCGGCGCCCUCUACAGCAUCCGAAUGCUCCACCGCAAGAGAAGGAACAGCUUCAAACACCAGAGGAGGAAGGCCAGGCAGCCGGAGCAACCCCGGGAGCCUGGCACGAGCUGUCAGGAUCAGGCCAUGCUGCUGGCUGACAGCUCCGAGGAUGAAUUCUGAGAGCAUUCAGGCUUGUUUUUGUGAGCGAUCAUCAGCAGAUGCUCUCCAGCAGGAGCGGUCUGGAAGAUGUCUCCGUCAGCAUCAACCCCAUCAGUCUCGUCUGUUUGGGCGCGGCUCAUCUGAUACACACAGAAGAAGAAGAAGGGCACACACUGUUUGCAAUGUAAACAGAGUGUGUGUGUGUGUGUGUGUGAAAGUUCCUCAAAUUAUAUACAGUCAUUGCAGAAAGAAGGUGCACAAACUUUCAGUUCUUGAUAUUUAAAUGUACAGAAACACACACCGAUUUUACACUCUGUCCCAGGUUUUUUAAGCAAAGACGAGGCUAAAAUAUUGUCACGGUUUCGCUCCUUCACAUGACCUAUUGCUGAACCGAAGUUAGUUUCUGAUUCGGGAAAUGGCUAAAGGGGGAUUCCACCUAAUUAUUCACUACCUUCCGCAUCUUUAAUCAACUCUUAGUUACAAAACGACAACACCUAGACACUUCAAACGUGGACUGGAUUAUUCUGCUCCAAUAGCAGAAUAUUUAAAACAAUGUUUGGGAUUUGUGAAUUUUUUUUUCCUGAUUUGUGAAACUGUAAUAAAGGACAAUUUUUGUCCUUUUUCUCGGUCACACUAGAUCUGCUCUAAUUCAAAACUACAGCACCUAGCCACAUUUAGGUUUUGUAGUUUUUUUUAACUAGAGUUGAUUAAAGAUGCGGAAGGUAGUGAAUAAUUAGGUGGGAUCGCCCUUUAGCCAUUUCCCGCACCGGAAGCUGGAAUCGGGAAACAACUUCAGCUUUGUUGACCUAUUCGCGCGGCUAACCUAAAGGUCGAGAAAACGUCUGGAUACAGAGAGGAGUUUGUUGUCCACUAAGCAAUUUUAGGCUGUUCAGAUCUGAAUUUGCAGAAAACUUACCUAUUUGACCAUUCUUCCAUUGGACAUAUCUAAAAUAUUUUAAGAAAAUGCACUUUGGGAAUCUGAAACACUUUGGACUAAUGCUAGAUGUCCAAAUCCAGCCAAUCCAGGAGCGCCUUUCAUUUUUCUUAGGCGCCAAUUGGCUGUAACCAAAAUACAGGAAAUAUGGACGAUUGUAGACGAUUGUAGCUAAAACAGUCUCCAAUGUGGUCUCAACAAAGAACAUCUUAUUAUAAACUUUAACAUUUAAAUUCUCUUGAGCAUUGUAGAGUCUCACCUGGAUUGACAACUGUCCUAAAUGAUGUCUAGUAAUCUUUCUCACUUCAAUUGUGUUCGGCAGCUGCAGAAACUAAAGUUCAAACACUCCCUAAAGCUCUAAAAUGGCGUCUGGCUAUAAAUUAUGUUUGGAACAGAUCAUGAAAGCAAAAUGCUGCUAAAGAUGCUCGUCAUGAAGGGGUUGAAUAAUUUAAAAAUAGGCAUCCGUUAUGAAAAGUGGCAUUUUGUAUUUUAUUUGAUUAUUUAUCAAAUAAAAUAGAUCAUUUUGAAUCUGAUAAAGACCGGAUCAUUUCUAAUGUGUUUUCGUAGAUAAAGUCCUGGUUGUGAAAGAGAGCUAACUUUCUUUCUACCAUGAUUGUAGGCUUGAAAAAUAAACCCAACAGAAUCUUUCACAGUCCAGCCCAAAAUUAUUCAGACUCAUAAUUUAUUAGCAGUAACUAUUCAUAGAAUAUAUUUAUGUCAGCUAUAGAUAAAUGACAAGCGGCAAAAAGGGAGACAUUUAAAACAUCCUGUUUUGCAUAUUUAGUUCAGAAUUAUUUACGACUUUUCCUCAAUGUUCAACUUAUUUUGUUUUUUUUAUAACUUCUGCAUGUUCCUAAUUAUUGUUUUCUUGGAGAAAACCCUGAUCUAAGCAUUUUCUGCACACAGUGUGAUGUUUACCUCCAAAAUCUUUCGCUCGCGAUAGCGUUUUCUUUGACAGGGCUCACGCAGCAGUCUUGUGUCCAAAACAUCUGCUCAGCAGCGAUGAGCAAACACUCGCCCGUUUGUCCCGAUAAAGCUUUUUAAGAACUCGAGGUGAGACUUUUGUUUGCCUGGCUGAGAGGAACGGAGGCCGACCAGUUUACAGAGAUAAGCCCGAUAUGAAAGGCGGCGCUGGAGUCGGAGCCUUGAGACGCCGACGCCAAAGCAGAGUUCACACUUCACUGAGGAAGGCCUCGCAGUGACCUGUGGGGUUUUGGAUGCUGAAAACAUCAGGAGGCCUCCAAAAGCCUCGGAUGUUUAGCAGCUGAGAACCGAAGCAGUCGUGGAAUAACUAAAAUCAUAAAAAUAAAAAAAGCAAGAUAUUUCUACUGCUGCUUUAAUCCUGUCGCUGUAGGAUUUAUGAGAGAAGCUACUUUAAUCAGUUUUCAUCUUUUAUUGCGAGCUUGGUUUUAUAUUUGUGUCAAUAAAAGAAGCAAGAAGGUAUAGCUGACUGUAAAUAGCUCACCUGGACACUUUUAGAAUGAUGUCUCAUUCAAUUGGGCUGUUGUAAGAAAAAAAAAAAAAAAACACUAGAAAGCUAUUUCCCAAAAUAAGAAACCCUUAUUAAGACCAAUUUGGUGUCAAGAUCAUAUUCACACUAAGAUUUACACACGCAGGGCCUUGCAAAAGUAUUCAUUCAUGUACUUUUUCACACUUUGUCACGUUUCAGCUACAAACCUCAAUGCAAAUUUUAAUUGUUUACUCUUUUUUUUAACAAAUAAACUUAUAAAAAAAUGAAGAAAAGUGUGCAUAUAUGUGUUCAGCCCACUAUAAUCACUAUAAUGAUUAUUGACUGCUGCGUGUGGUUCUGUAAAACACAGUGACUUUCGAACUGUGGAAAAGCUCAAGGGGUGUGAAUACUUUUGCAAGAAACCGUACUGCUCUGUAAAAAUAAAUAUUCGCUUCUUUAUGAGGAUCAAACUUUUGGUCAGUGGUGACUGCCUGAUGUAACAUUGCUGUAAAAAGCUUUAAAUUGAACCAGUUUUGACAUUUUUAAUCUUUCAACUCUUUCAAGAGGUAAAUGAGCUCAUCUCAUCUCCUUAUGUUAUCACCAGGAGAUAAAAUGAGCUUAUUGUUACAUUAUUAUUGCUUAUAGAAGCAAAAUGUUGGACCUAAAAAAAAAGCCUUUGGGGUUCUCUGCUGCUUUCUAUUCAUGAUAAGGAGAUUUAGUUAAAAGUGUCAAUAAUUGGAAUUUAAUUUCUACGUGUCAUUUCCAGUGAUGACAUCUGUUGUGUGUUGUAGUUAUGUGAUCUAUUUCAAAGAAACGAUGUCUAGUUUAAAUGAUAUUUUAAAGGAAAUUUAUAUAAAAUUCUUUUGACAGAAGUUGCUGGAACAAAGCACAUACUGAACAUCGUCAUUCUAUUUACAACAUGUAGCAUAAAAUACACUCUGAUGUACAAAAUAACUGGUAUGUAAACUCAUCUCCGCUGGACUAUUUUCUCAUCUUUGACCUCCAUGACGCACCGAGGGAGAGUAGAAAGAAAAGAUUAGAUGUUUCCAAAUCUCUGGAGAUUCAGUUUAUUUGCUUAACCCGCUUUUAAAAAGCAGAAUUGUGAACUGGGAUUAAAGAUAUGGGAUGAUUAUAAGCAAUAACCAAUAAGGUCUAAUUAAAACACGUGGAACCUUUCAUCAGUGAGACCUGCUUCCUGCUUGUUUACAUAUUUCUGUUUUAAUGUGAGCGUGAUGUAAAAUGUUUACGGUCUGUAAAUACAAAGAGUUGUGAUCAAAUAAACAUUUCUUGUAGAUGUCUUUCUUUUGUUUAUUGACCACAACAAACCUGUUUUUAAUAAAAAUAUUUGACUCUUUAAUUUGUUGCCGCCUUUUUAAAAAAUGUUUUAGAUGUAAUGUUCAAAGCAAAUAGGAUUUUACUGUGCUGUAUGAAUAAAAUGUACUUUAUCAAAUGAGUUUUGCGUGUUUGAAAUCUUUUUUAUUUAAAGAGCCAAUUAUGUACAAGUUCCAGUAUCAGUAGCAGGAACACACACCCUCAGCAUGACGCUACCACCUCCAUGCAUGACCGUGUGUUCUUACGGUUUUAAAAAGAAACAAAGCAACUCGAUUCCUUCCAAACGUUCAACUUCUGUACCGACUUCAACACAGUUGUAGGUUCCAAACAUACAGUAAGUUCAGACUGGUUUUGGAAGCUUAUUGCGUGAUUUUUCCCUGCAGUUCUCAACUCAACGCUACUAAGUAUUUAAGGAAUAUGAUAGAAAAGCUAUGCUACUUCUCAUGAGAUAUGAAAUAGCCAGAAAUAAGCAAAACGAUUGUUGGCGGGAACUUAACCAAGUAUACUUAUCCAAAUAUAAACAGGGUAGUAUGGAUUUACUUGCACUUGCAUGCAUAACUCUGCCAUAAAUUAAAACUUGUUCUUGUACUUAAAAAUAAAAUCAUUGAUGUUGCUCAAAUGCAAUUUAGAAAAGACCCAAAUUAUGACACGCAUUUAAACAUCGAAAUGGCCCUGAGUGUGUGGAUAAGUGUGUGUGUGUCAAGUCAGACAGCAGACAAGACAAUUCAGUUUUACAGCAUUAAAAAAAGAAAUCAAAUAAUUUAUUUCUGUGUUCUUUUUCCACAUUAAAUAAAAGCCAUUGGACAUUUCCAGAUCGAAAAUGAAUAAGAGAGGAGAGGUGAGGGGGAGAGGAGCAGCGUGUGUGUGUGUGGGGACAGACAUGCAAAAAUAAACGACUUCCUCUCCCCCUUUCUUCCUGCCGCGUGGGUCUCUUGUUGGAGGUGGUGCGUCUGUCUCUGAAGGACUUGCAGGAACCUCUGUGUGGCUGAGCCAAUAAUAAUCUGAGGGGCGUGGGUUAUUUUUUUUUUGGCUGGGAAUUUAUGGUCAGAACUAUUGGGUGGCAGCCGGCCGCCUUACUUCGUCCGGCUGACGCUUUAUGGAACGACUGCAACACCAGUCAGUGGCUGUGAAUUGAUGAUGACAAAGCCCUUCAGUCUGUGAUCAUGGCCUGAAUGGAGGCUGUAAUGCCCUGGAAAUUCCAGGAAGUGAUCAAUACUUGCAGAAUUGUGGAUCGUUUUCAUCAAAAGCAAUAACAACCGGUGGGAAAGACUGAGGAAAGGUCAACCUUCAGAAUGAACCUGGAGCUCUAGAGAGGGUCACCAAUAAAACUCAAGGAUGUCAGACAAGCAGGAACACUUUGCUUCUGAGGGUCUAGGUUAUUAUAUAUAUUUUUUGCUCAUCAUUCUCACCGAACCUCUGAAUGGGUUAAAGUAUCACAGAAAUAAUUAAAAAAAAAUCUAGUCAAAUAACUCUGUCCCAACCCCACACGUUAAAAAAAAAACACCAUUAUACAAAUC